UAGACAGUGUGGGUGAGUGUGUGUGUGUGUGGAGAGAGACAGUUUCCCCCCUAUUUUGUUUGGAGUGUAUUAUGGUUUGCUCAAUGCUGUCUGUGUGUGAGCGUUCAUACAGGUUAAUGACGAAGAGCUAGCUGUAUCGCUAACACGCCAAGUGUGUGAAGGCUGUGGUUGGCUAAUAUUCUGACUAAAAAAGGAGAAUCAUGAUGCACAGAGCCGGAUUGAGCUCCGUGACCCUGUGUGUGGACGGGAUGACCUGCGGCUCCUGCGUCCAGACCAUAGAGCAGCAGAUUGGGGGACUGCCAGGUGUAAUCCACAUAGAGGUGUCUUUAGAACACAAGAAUGCCACGGUGAUCUAUGACCAAUCACAUCAUACUCCAAAAUCUUUAGCAGACGCCAUUGAGGACAUGGGCUUUGAGUCGAGUGCGACAGAAGCUACUCUGACUACGGCCGUACAGACAGAGACGAAGCCGUUUCCUGUCAGCUGCUGUAGCGCGGAAUCUCUUUCUCAGCUCCGCCAGCUCAAGGGCGUACUGGAGGCUAAGGAGAAUGGCGAAAGCAGGAACCCCACUGUCACAUUCAUCCCUACUCUCGUCACGGUCGAGAAAAUCCAGGAAAUGCUGAACACGCUAAUGACGCACAACAACUCCUUCAAAACUUGCACAGAUCAGGCAAAUUCCCGUAAUUCUGGUGGUGUGGAAUCACUAAAGAUGCGCAUUGAGGGGAUGACCUGCCUGUCCUGCACCACCACCAUUGAGGGCAAGAUUGGAAAGUUAAAAGGAGUUCAGAAGAUUAAAGUAAACCUUGAGUCCCAGGACGCCACAGUAUGCUAUUAUCCUUACCUCAUCACUGUGGAUGAGAUCAUUAAGCAGAUCGGUGUAGCAGGUUUCAAGGCCUCAGUGAAAUCCAAACCUCGUCAGUUACAGCUGUCUUCAUUGGAUCGCCUGCUGAAUGUCUCCCGACCCACGCAUUCUUCUCCAGAGGGGAGCACCAACAUGGAGGCUGUAGACCUCACCACUUGCAUCACCACAUUAAUAGAGGUUACAGGAAUGCAUUGCAACUCAUGUGUAGUGAACAUACAAGACAAUACAGGCAAGCUUUCAGGAGUCAGCUCGGUUCUGGUCUCCUUGGAGAAAGGACAGGCUGUAAUCCAGCACAAUCCAAACUUAGUUACAGCACUUGAGCUACAGAGGGUCAUCGAGGCACUACCACCAGGGAAUUUCAAGACCCAGUUAGCUUUGCACGAGGCUGUGUCAUUGACACCUCCCUCUGAAAAAUCCCUCGCAACAUCCUCGAGCUUCUUGCAGCCGCUGGAUUCUGAAAUACAAAUCCACAUUGAGGGGAUGACCUGUAAUUCGUGCGUGCAGACCAUCGAGGCGGCCAUCUCCCAGAGGAAAGGUGUGAAAUCGGCGCAAGUGUCCCUGGCUAACCAUCAGGGAACAUUUGUGUACGAUCCACUGAUCACCACAUCAGAAGAACUGCGAGCAGCGAUCGAGGAUAUGGGUUUCGAUGCGUUUCUGCCUGAGACGAAUUCAUUGGUACAGUCAGAAGCGAAAAGUCCUCUAUCUGAACAGAAAUCUGCUUCGUCACCCGCGCUCUCCGCCAAAAAGGAGAAGGAAGUGGAGAUCGAUGCUGAGUCAGCGACAAGCACGCAUUCCAAAUGUUUCAUCCAGAUCGGUGGGAUGACAUGCGCCUCAUGCGUAGCCAACAUCGAGAGGAACCUCAAAAACGAGCCUGGUAUCCACUCUGUGUUGGUGGCGCUGAUGGCUAGUAAAGCGGAAGUGCGCUACAACCCUGGUGUCAUCGACCCGCUGAGGAUAGCAGAGUGCAUAAAAGAGCUGGGCUUUACCGCCUCCGUCAUGGAGAACUACGAUGGCUCCAAUGGCACCCUUGAGCUUGUGGUCAGAGGGAUGACGUGCGCUUCAUGUGUCCACAAAAUCGAGUCUAACCUAAUGAAACAGAAAGGCAUUGUCUACGCCUCUGUGGCUUUGGCAACAAACAAAGCUCACGUUAAGUAUGACCCAGAGGUGACAGGACCUCGGGACAUAAUGAGAUUGAUUGAGAAUUUGGGUUUUGAGCCCUCGCUGGUAAAGAGAGAUCGCCCGGGAAAUCAUCUGGACCACAGCAGAGAGAUAAAGCAAUGGAGGAGGUCUUUCCUCAUCAGCCUGGUGUUCUGUGUUCCUGUGAUGGGUAUGAUGAUCUACAUGAUGGUGGUGGACCACCAGAUCGAAGUGACGCACCAUCACAACGCCACACCCGAGGACAGACACAUGUAUCACUCCAACAUGUUCCUGGAGAGACAGCUUCUCCCCGGCUUGUCCAUCAUGAACCUGCUUUCUUUUCUAUUUUGUCUGCCUGUGCAGUUCAUUGGAGGCCGUUACUUCUACAUCCAAGCGUACAAAGCGCUGAAGCACCGGUCUGCCAAUAUGGACGUGCUGAUAGUCCUGGCCACUUCUAUAGCCUUCACCUACUCUGUAGUCAUUCUGACCGUGGCCAUUAUAGAGAAAGCAAAGCUCAACCCCAUCACCUUCUUUGAUACACCACCGAUGCUCUUUGUGUUCAUCUCACUGGGAAGGUGGCUGGAGCAAAUAGCCAAGAGUAAAACGUCAGAGGCUCUGUCCAAGCUGAUGUCAUUACAAGCUACCGAGGCCACUGUUGUCACCCUAAAUGAGGAUGAAAUGACUGUUUUAAGCGAAGAGCAGGUGGAUGUGGAAUUGGUGCAGCGGGGCGAUAUAGUGAAAGUGGUGCCCGGAGGAAAGUUCCCAGUGGAUGGGAGAGUGAUUGAAGGGCACUCGAUGGCAGACGAGUCACUCAUCACAGGUGAAGCCAUGCCUGUGACCAAGAAGCCAGGAAGCACAGUGAUCGCAGGCUCCAUCAACCAGAACGGAUCUCUGUUAAUCCGAGCCACGCACGUGGGAACCGACACUACACUGUCCCAGAUUGUCAAACUGGUGGAGGAGGCGCAGACCUCAAAGGCUCCCAUUCAGCAGUUUGCAGAUAAGAUCAGCGGCUACUUCGUCCCUUUCAUUGUAGGCGUCUCUGUGCUCACCCUCGUUGCCUGGAUUAUAAUUGGAUUCGUAGACUUCUCUAUAGUGAAGAAAUAUUUCCCUGAUUAUGAUAGGAGUGUGUCUGAAGCAGAGGCAAUCAUCCGCUUCGCCUUUCAGGCCUCAAUAACAGUGCUUUGCAUUGCCUGCCCUUGCUCUCUCGGCUUAGCGACCCCCACAGCAGUCAUGGUCGGCACAGGAGUCGGGGCACAGAAUGGCAUCCUCAUCAAAGGCGGGGAACCUCUUGAGACGGCACACAAGAUUCAGUCUGUGGUUUUUGAUAAAACGGGCACCAUUACCUAUGGAACCCCCAAAGUGGUGCAGGUGAAGAUGGUGGUAGAGGGAAACCGAAUAGCUCGCUCCAGACUUCUUGCUAUUGUGGGUACAGCUGAAAAUAACAGCGAACAUCCUCUAGGGGCCGCAAUCACCCGCUUCUGCAAACAGGAGCUAGGCACAGAGACUUUGGGCACUUGCACUGAUUUCCAAGCAGUACCAGGUUGUGGGAUUAGGUGUCAGGUUAGCAACACGGAGAGCCUCCUGAACAGAGAGGACAGCGACGGUGAGGAGAAUGAGCGCAAUGCCAUCCUCGUGCAGAUCAGCGACCCUAGGGCCAGCUCCAACUCUCAUCCCCUUAUCAUGGACCCACAACCUCUGGCUUUGGUGCAGUCAGCCUCACACACAGUCCUGAUCGGGAACAGGGAGUGGAUGAGACGAAAUGCCCUGCACAUACAAUCUGAUGUGGACGAUGCCAUGAUCGAGCAUGAGAGGAGGGGGCGGACUGCAGUCCUGGUGGCUGUGGAUGGUGUGCUGUGUGCCAUGGUUGCCAUAGCAGAUACGGUGAAGCCAGAGGCUGAGCUGGCUGUACACACACUCACCUCUAUGGGCCUGGAGGUAGUGUUGAUGACUGGCGACAACAGCAAGACAGCACGAGCCAUUGCAGCACAGGUUGGCAUCAGGAAAGUGUUUGCCGAGGUGUUGCCCUCUCACAAGGUGGCAAAGGUGGAGCAGCUGCAGCUGACAGGGAAGCGCGUGGCCAUGGUGGGAGACGGCGUAAACGACUCGCCAGCGCUCGCCAAGGCAGAUGUGGGCAUCGCCAUUGGCACAGGCACAGAUGUGGCUAUUGAGGCAGCAGAUGUGGUGCUCAUCAGGAACGAUCUCCUGGAUGUUGUUGGGAGUAUUGACUUGUCGAAGAAGACGGUCAAAAGGAUCCGUAUUAACUUUGUAUUUGCACUUAUCUACAAUCUUGUAGGAAUUCCUAUUGCAGCUGGUGUGUUCAUGCCUAUAGGACUGGUGUUGCAGCCGUGGAUGGGUUCUGCUGCUAUGGCUGCGUCGUCUGUGUCUGUUGUCCUCUCGUCCCUUUUACUCAAAUGUUACACAAAACCAAGUGCUGAGAAGCUGGAGCAACAGAUAACAGGGCAGCACAAACUUGGCAGCAUUUCAGAUGUCAGCGUUCACAUCGGCAUGGGAGAACUGCGCCGUCCCUCACCCAAACUCAGCUUGCUUGACCGGAUCGUCAACUACAGCCGAGUCUCUAUCAACUCCCUGCGCUCAGACAAGCACUCGCUCAACAGCUUGUCACUGAGUGAGCCUGACAAACACUCGCUGCUCGUAGCCGGCGCUCACUGCGAUGAAGACAUCGUCUGAUGAGGCGUCACCCAGAGCGACUUGCCACCUUAACACACCUCAGUGCCUGUAGUCUGUAAGAGAGGAACCAAAGUGUAAUCUCAUACACACAUAAGAACACUUGCCACACCACACACACCACACCGUGCACCAGUUCAGCUUAAAGCUGCAUGACUUGCUGGAGAUUAAUGCACCAGUCUCCAUGUCUCUAAGGCACUCUGUGUGUAAACGCAGAGCCAACAUUGUAUGAAAAAGUAGGAACUCUAGAAGAGAUACGAUGAUCAUGUGGCUGUUUUCUUUUUGUUUGUUUGUUUGUUUUUUUUAACUGACAAUCUGUGUAACAGCCCAAAGAAUUUUGGACAAGCCACAUUUUAUUUCUGUGACAAUUGUAUUAAGUUUUAAGACUUUAAUUAAAUAUUUAUGAUGUCAUUUAUUUAUACUUUAUAAUGUAGGAAAUUUAACUAAGAAUGUUAGAGAUAUUAUAAUUUUUAUUUAUCCAAAUAUAUUUCCACUGACAGUUUUGCCUCUGAUCAGCAAGUGUACACUAGUUUGUUUACCAGGCUCAGUGUUCGCAUACUCGACACUCAAACUUUGAUAGCCUUGGUGCUGCUUUUUCUUUGCCCAUUCCUGUACUGAGCUCGAUCUACACUGCCCGGCCAAAUAAAAAGUUGCACGUUCUAAAAUGCAUUUAAUCACCUUCAGAUUUAAUUAUGGCCAGUUCAUGAGAGAGGAUGAUUCCCGAUGCUCCCAGUAUUUCUUUCUCCUCACAUUGUGUGUGCGUUUGUGUGAAUGCUCUUACUUUCACUCUUAAACAUUGCUCUGAUUUAGAUUUUUUUACAAUGCAAUUUCAACAAGCAUUUAAGUGAUCUCUAUUCGAGAUUUCUUUUUUUUUAAAUACAUUUCUUUAGCACUAUUCUUACAUAUAUACACAUAAUAAUGUGCUGGAAAACUCCUAAACCAAUUCUAGUUGUUUAAAAUCUCUGUAGUUGUUUUCUUUCCUCGAUGUAUCCCAAUAAUUUAACCCUUUUGAAACGGCGACUUUCGUUUCUUUUUGGCCAGGCUGUGUAUUUUUUUAUUUUGAGGCUUGAAUAAUGACAUGAUAAGAUGCAACACAUUCCAAAGAAGGCAUUUGACCUCUUACCAUUUAAGGGAAAAAUAAAAAUAACUUAAAGUAUACUAAAACUAUAAAAUAAGCAAAAAUUGUUAAAUAAAAAUUAGUAGUAAGCAUGCAAAAAAGUCCUGCAGGCUUCUCCUGUUUUAUAAUAAUAAUUUUUUUUUUUUUGGAUAUAGC